AUGUCGCUGGCGGUGGUCAACAAGCUUCGAGCGAGGUCGAACACGGUCGGGCGGCCGACACCGCCUACCCUGGUUUCGAACUCACCUUUACCUUGUGCAACCCUGGCCAGGAAAAUCAAGGCCAAGCCAGCUGACCCGCGCGUUCUACGAGCUCUCCAUCGCAGUGACUCGAUGGAUAUGUACCAGUUGGGUCCAGUGAUCGGCCACGGCCGAUUUGGCAAAGUUCGAAGGGCGACGCAUCGGCUGACGGGCCAAGUCGUCGCGAUGAAGGUGUACAACAAGGCCCAAGUCAAACAUGAUGACCACAUCCAGCUCAUACGAAAAGAGGUCGACAUCAUGAAAGAGAUUGACCACCCCAACGUCGUCCGGCUGUACGAGAUCCUAGAGACCCCCGAGUACAUUUUGAUUGCGAUGGAGUUGUGCGAAGGGGAAGACCUGGGCAAGUACAUCGCGAGGCGCACCCGAGUCAACGAAGGCAUUGCUCGAGCAAUUUUCACCCAGCUCGUCGACUCGAUUUCGUAUUUGCAUCGCCAAAACAUCAUCCAUCGCGAUAUCAAGCCCGACAACAUCUUUAUCCAAGACAGCGUAACACCGCCGAUCGUGAAACUCGUCGACUUUGGGCUCGGGUCGCGAGAUCCCGACCAUUCAAAGAAAUUGUCGGCGUUUUGCGGCACCCCUGCCUUCAUGGCACCAGAAAUCAUCUUCCAAGAGGCUUACGACGGCAAACCCGUUGACGCGUGGAGUUUGGGCGUCGUGCUAUACAUGAUGACAGUCGGGAAGAUCCCGUUUGAAGCAAAAUCCACGGAUGCUCUGUACAAGAAGGUGCUCGUGGGGACGUUCGACCUGCCAGCCACCCUCUCGUCGGAGCUUCGCGACCUUUUGCAGGCGAUUCUGGUCGUCGAUGCGAAUGAGCGCAUGCGUGUGGAGCACAUUCGGCAUCACGCGUGGCUUGGCAUGGAGAACCAAAGUUCUGUGUCGUCCGAGGUUUCUUCGUCGCUCUUCGUUGCGGAUGCGGCCACACAUAAGGACAUUCUUACCGAGAUGGACGGAUAUGGGUUGAACCGCAUGCAGUUGCACGACGAUUUGGCGUCCAAGACGUACAAUGCCUCCACGACGUGGUAUCGCCUACUGCACCUUCGUCGUCUCAAGACCAGGAAAGCAGCAUGCUCCAACGCCGAGCCAAACGCGUCGGCCAUCCUGAGCUCGGUCGACUUCAGCCGAUUCCUCCAAGAUCGCAUUGCACAGGUCAAGACGGUGGGUUCCUAA